AUGGAACAGAAGGGUGACAAAGCUGUCAAUCCCCCGGCAUGCAAGAAACCCAGAGCUAAAAAAUCUAAGAAGGAAGCUGCCGGCAACAAGUCUCCCGAACCAGCGGUCCUGAAACGCAGCAGCACCAAGGUCGAAAAGCCAAGUGGACCUGCCAGCAAGAAGCGGGUAUGCCGCAAGCCCCCGGUCGAAGGGAAAAUCUUGGAUGGUUUGAAGCACGGAAUGUUGGGGGAGUUGACUCACCAAUGGAAAAGCAGCAAGGAUAAGCUGACAGCAGAGGAUUUCCCAUCUUUGCCUACCUUCAACAAGUGCUUUGUUUCCCCAUAUUGGCACAGGGCCAGGCCUACGGUGGGAUUAGUUGCCAAAGGCAAGUUCCCCAAUAAUGGCAAGAAGAACAAAGAGUUCGCUCACUUCAGCUUCCCCAUGAAGGAUGUGUUGAACAUUGGGCUGGCCAUGCGCUGUGCCAUCAAAGCCGCCGAAUGGUUUGAUCAGCAAGAAGAAUGCAAUCCCUGGGCGGACUCCGUUACCACCUACACCGAUGCUGUGAUUCGUACGGCUCAGGUAGUGAUUACCGAUUUUGCUGCUUCCUGGGAGAAUUUUAUCAGCUGA